AUGGAAGAGAGAGAAAAUGUUAGAGAUGAGAAAUGGGUAAUGGACGUCAUCAAGGCCAACACAGACGAUUUAGGGCCCCUAAGUCUUGAUUCUUUCAGAAUGAAUAACCUUUCUUCAUCAGGGACCUUCGUUGGUCGAGAAAUUUCAGCUGGAAAAAAUACCACUUCUGCUCAGUCGAAAGAAGUAGUUGCAAAUAUUAAACGCAAAACCUCUGGAGGCAAGCAGGAAGAUACUUUCCACGAAUAUCAUUCUAAUUUUUUAAAGUCGCCUGCUAAACUGGCAAGAAGGAACCGGCUUAAAGAAAGUCAGCAUGCCUUAGGAGAGGCAACUUCUGAUUCUGAUUUAAAUCACAGCGCACCUGAAAAAAUAAAAGCUAUGGGACAAGUACUGUCUAAAGCUAGAGAACAAUUAUAUGGCUGCAAGCUUGUUACUGAACAGCUAAGAGCCAUGCUGCAAUAUGCAGAUGAGCAAAGUUAUUACCUCCUUCCACCAGAAAAGAGGAAGUUCCCUCGUUGUGAGAAUCUGGAAAAUCCAUAUCUUUACCAUUAUGCACUCUUUUCUGACAAUGUUCUUGCUGCUUCAGUUGCGGUCAGCUCAACCAUUGCAAAUGCUAAGGAACCUGAGAAACAUGUUUUUCAUCUAGUUACUGAUAAGUUGAACUUUGGGGCAAUGAAUAUGUGGUUCCUGCUGAACCCUCCUGGAAAAGCUACCAUCCAUGUUGAAAAUGUUGAUGAAUUUGUUAGGCAAAUUGUUGUCAAANCGACCUCCCCCGAGUGA